UCAAUAAAUAACUUCAUUAUUUAAUAACAUCAAGAACUGUACAGCUACAAAAAGAACAGACGCUUAUUUAUUAUGAAAAUGCAGGUGACUAGGAAAAAUGUUUGUAAUUCAGGAGUACUUUUUCAAAUUUUCGCAGCAGUGAUAGCAAAUCUAAUGGCAAUAUCUGAUGGAAUGACAGUAGGAUGGACUUCGCCAAUGAUUCCAUACUUCCUGAGUGACAAAAGCCACAUCAAGAUAACCCAGAACCAAGCGGAAUGGUUGGAGACCUGGCUCCUUAUGGGGGCGAUAAUAGGCUUACCUUUGACAAUAUUUUUUGUCGACAAAAUAGGUCGGAAGAAGUCCCUUUUACUUGCAUCCUUCUCUCUUCUAGUUGCUUGGAUAAUAAUAGCUUUUGCUCAGAACAUAGAGACCAUUUAUGUAGCCAGGGUGAUUUCUGGUAUAGGUGGCGAUAUGGCUUUCGUAGCAGCUCCCAUGUACAUCGCAGAAAUGGCCGACCAAAAAAUCAGAGGAUUUCUCUCAAGCAUCAUCUAUCUCAUGAUGCUCACUGGGGUGCUGACAGUAUACAUCGUAGGACCCUACUUACCUUUUUACGUUCCCUCACUCAUAGGAGUAAUAUUACUCUCUAUAGAACUGAUUGUUUUCUCGUGGCUUCCAGAAACACCAUAUUACCUCCUGUUGAAUAACAGUAAUGAAAAAGCUAAAAUGUCCCUACAGAAAUUCAGAUCUGCUGGGUCUGUGGAAAAAGAGUUGGCUGAAAUAUCUUUAGCAGUGGAGAGACAGAAGGCAGAGAGAGCUAGGCCCCAAGACAUACUUCUAGUCAGGAGUUAUAGAAAAGCAAUGCUCAUAAUGGCCAUGCUGAAUGCUGCACAGCAACUCAGCAGUAUUAACGUAAUUUUGAUGAAUAUGCACCAGGUCCUAGAAGAGGCUGGAUCUAUUUACGUAGCGCCUCCCAUCGCUGCCAUAAUGUUUGCAGGGUUGAUGUUUAUAGCAGCAGCUUUUGCGUCAGUAACUAUAGACAGGUUUGGACGGAAGAAACUAAUAAUGUCAUCUAGUAUCCUCACGGGGUUUUGUCUGUUAUCACUGGCUGUUUAUUUUAAUAUAAAAAAUGCCGGGUGGGAGUACAAGAGCUUAAGCUGGAUUCCCAUAGUUUCUGUGAUGACUUACGCAGCUGUUUUCAAAGUAGGCUUAGGAAUGGUACCGAUAGUGAUCACAGCUGAAAUAUUCGCCUCCAAAAUGAAGGCACUUGGCAUGGCAAUAGCAGAUGGGAUUUAUGUAGCAACAGCUAUGAUCAGUAUUUAUUUAUUCAACCUACUGAGAGAGAAUUUUGGGAUGCAUGUUCCAUUCUAUCUCUUUGCUUCUUGCUCUUUCACCACAUCACUGUUAGUGUUAUUUUAUGUGCCAGAGACCAGAGGAAAAACGCUGGAUCAAAUUCAGUUGCUGUUGGAGGGAAAAUAAUCGCCUAUACGGAAAGACAAUUCAAGUGUCUCUUCUGCAUAUUGUUGGUUUUUAUCAACUUCAAAUUGAAAUCCUUAUAAUACCAUUUUUAUUGAAAAAAUAUUCAUCCUUUUUGAGUAUCGCUUGCAGGCAUUUUGACCUCACAAAGGAAGGUGUCGAAAACAUUUUAGCAGAUAAUGGGUCCUUACUCUACCUUCAGCCUCUAUUUUGAAUUGUUUUGUACUAUAAAAUAUUGCAAUUUACAUUGUUAGUGAUUUCCCUACAGAAUGUACCUACUCAUAGAUAUUGUGUACAUAUUAAAAUUGCCUGAAGUUGUUU